ACAGACUGGCCUAUACCCAUUACAGCCAGCUGGAACAUUGAUGACAAAUACAUGACAUGUGAAGUAUUACAGCAUACAUAUCAUUAUUAUAAUGUACAGUAUAUACACCUACACAAACAGAUGUAUGUACGUUAAACAAUCAUUACAAUUAUCAUAAGAACUAUUGACAUUCGACCUACCAUAUUAAUAUUUUAUUUGUAAGUAUGGUGGGCCAGAUUUAUACAAUUAAACAGUAAAUUAAUUAGUACUGACACUAGCUUCUGGAGUGUGACAGAUAAACAAUGUCUGCAGUAGGCGAUUCGGAGUAUCUAUAACAAAGAGCUGUCAUUGUGUAAUUGUCACGCUCCAUGACUGCAUUGGAUGAUUGACCAGAGAGCUGGGCUGAGAUUGUCCGACAAAACACUACACACUCCCGCCGACCAUACCCAGCUAGACAUUGUGUGGACAUUUAAAUCAGACCUAUAGAGUUUCAGCCUGCUGCUGAUGUUGUCUGAGACAAGGUGAACACCGGCCAAAACUUGUUCUAGCUUUGAGGAUAAGAUCUGCUAUAAAGCACUCAGCUUUUCAUACACUGCGGCCAAAGUUUUGUAAAGAUCUGUUGGCCUAUCAGUGUUAGUACUGAAGAUCUGUUACACACAGAUGCAGUGAUGACAACAUAGACCUAACUGUCCACACACAGGAUGUCUAUAAAUAAGCCCCUAGACCCUGGACAGGAGACUGUGUCCCUGUGUCAGCACCACCCCUGGGAGGAGCUGAUCUACAGCUGUUCCGACUGUGAUGGCUGCAUGGCAUGUCCUGAGUGUGUGACCUCCACACAUCAAGGUCACAAUCUGAUCAAGCUCAUAAACACACCUGACUUCAUCUGGAAAAAGCUCAUUCAGCACUACAUAGAGAAAGCUGAAAAGUUUGAGAUCCCAAAAAUAUUAAAAGAACUACAAUUUUCUGAGGAGAAACUGGAACAGAACCGAAAACAUUAUCAAGAGCUGAUUGGUGUCGUACAACGGCGAGGGGAGGAGCUUAAAGCAGAGAUUGACAAGAUCACACUACGUCACGUUUCCACCAUCACAGAGGUAGCUAAGGAGAACACAGUGUACAUAGAUUACUACCGUGGCGAGCUGAACACGCUCCACACAGAAAUAAUUUAUGCUCUCCGCAAGUGUCAUCAGGCCAACGACACUGAGGAUUUCUCCAUCGUAUUGGACUCUGAGAAGAUUAUCCGUGCAGGGCUCAAGCUUCCAAGAGUUCCUAUCACCCAGACAACCAAGUACAAGCUAGGUUCCUCGCCCCUGCCCCUGUUGGAGGCGGCCUUCGGUAACGUAGAGGUUGUAGGGUACAGACCUAAACAGCUGUCCCCACUGGCACCACAGGCUGUGAAGAAAGUGGAUAAACCCGUGCCAAGUCCAGUGACAGCACUGUACAGUCUUCUGUCCGAAUUUCGCAACCUGACAGACAUUACAUCCCUAGUGCCGACGGAAGGUGUGUACACCUGGGUUAGUAACGAGGAGAAGAAGGAGGUGGUCCUUCUGGACAGGGCGGGUGAUGUCAAACAGAGCACAAGUCUGGGUCUUCACGUCCGGGACAUCUGUACCUCUCCUGUCACCAACAACCUGUGGUGCUGUAGCGAGUAUGACUACAGUGUACGUGAGAUGACCAACCCCACUAAAACAGUAGUCAGACUCAACUUUCCAUUUGUCCCACGAGCACUUGCCCUGACCCAUGACGAAGAUGUGGUUGUCGGGACAUUCCGAAAAGUGUGUGUUUACAACCUGGAGGGUGAUGAACUUUUCACAGCAUCUUUGGACAAACUUGGGCGUCGGAUCAUCGCGUCACCCCAACACAUCAGCGUGUGUCCCACCUCCGGAAAUAUCGCUGUGGUUGACUGGGAUGAACAGUCUCACGAGGGUAAGGGCAGCCCCUGUGUCACUGUGCUGACCUCUGACCUUCAGCUACUGUUCCAAUACCGUGGCCCCACCACAGCAACAAAGCCACGCCGGUCUGGUAAACCCAGAGCAGCAUCUGCCAGCGCUGGGAGGAACAAGAAGGUGCCACCGUCUACGUUCUGGCCUUCAGAUGCAUGUUAUGAUGCUGCUGGACAACUGUUCAUUGCUGAGCGGACAACUAAGUCGGUCCAGAUGGUCAGCAAUGAUGGUCAGUUCAUGCGGAAUCUCUACACAGACCAAGAAUUUGGUCCCAAAACCAUCGGUGUACAGACUGGAGGUGUUUUAUGGAUUGGCUUUGACUUUGGAAUUGUGAAGGUCAUCAAGUACAAACAGUGAGAAUGAGAUAGAGUCAAAGGUCACAAUGUCUUAAUAGGAGUGAAGGGUCAACAAGUGAAAAACACUGAGUUAGGAGGCAAAAGUCAACUAUUAGUACAAGCAUACAGACAGUGAUGGAAGUUAAGAGGCAAAAGUCAACUAUUAGUACAAGCAUGCAGACAGUGAUGGAAGUUAGGAGGCAAAAGUCAACUAUUAGUACAUGCAUGCAGACAGUGAUGGAAGUUUGGAAGCAAAAGUCAAUUAUUAGUACAAGCAUGCAG